AAGCCCGAGGCAGCGUGAGCGCAGCGCGCAUUGUCUGCAGCGCCGGUGCCAUUCCCAGCCGUCAUGUCUGCGCUCACACGCUCUUUGUUCCUGGUUCUACUCAACCUGCUGUCAGUGGGUGCUCAGACGGAGAUGAAAAAGGUUGUUGGGGACAACGCUACCUUACCAUGCCACCACCAGUUCCCAUCAUCCAGCUCUCUUGACAUUGAGUGGCUACUACAGAAACCUAAUUUCAAACAGAAAGUGAUUAUUACCUUCUUUGGAGGCCAGGUGUACACCAACGAGGCCACAGACAGCGAGGCCAGCCGUCUGUCCUUUGCCGGGGAGUACCUGGGUGGGGACGCCUCCCUGCUGAUCAGUGACCUGCUCCUGACUGACUCUGGAGAGUACUACUGUAAAGUCAAGAGCGGUGGAAAGUACCUCUGGAGCCAGGUCAGCCUCAUUGUGCUGGUCAAGCCCUCGAAGCCAAGGUGCUGGAUGGAUGGAAAACUGUUGGAGGGCAGUGAUGUCAAGCUGAGCUGUAAAUCCAGCGACGGUUCAGACCCCAUCAGCUACAAGUGGGACCGAGUGCUCGACAAAGGCAAGAGUCUGGGCAAGCUGCCAAACCUGGCACUGAUAGAUUUAAAGAAUCCUGAGCUCGUCACCCUGAGAAAUCUCACCAUGGAGAGCACAGGUGUCUACAGAUGCACAGCAAGCAAUGACGUGGGAGAGGAAAACUGCACCAUCGAGGUUACAAUGCAGCAUGUGAGGGAUGUUGGGAUGGUAGCAGGUGCCGUGGUGGGAAUAUCCCUCGGAGUCCUCAUUGUGAUAUUGAUCAUCUGGCUUGUUUUCCGGAGUAAAGAAAAAAAGAAGUAUGAAGAGGAGGAAACCCCAAAUGAGAUCAGGGAAGAUGCUGAAGCUCCCAAGGCCAAACUUGUGAAGCCCAACUCCCUGUCUUCGUCCCGCUCUGGCAGCUCGCGCUCUGGAGCUUCCUCCACCCAAUCAAUGGUGCAUAACUGCACUCUGCGUGGCCACCGCCCACGUCCACCUGCCAUAGCAGCUCUCAAGGAAAAUGGACAGCCUCCGGGUUUUCCCCAGUCCCCUCCAGCCUACACCUCUGUGGCAGCCCCUAAGACCCCUGAGCCCCCCACCACUCCCAAAUUCAACUCCAGGAACAUGUCUGGCCCAACACCCCCAACUCUUAUGGUCCCUGCUCAGACCAAGGCCUUUCAGACUGUGUAGGACUGAAAGCAAACCCUAUCCUGCAGCCAUGUAAGACUCCUUCCCUGCCCCAAGCUCCUUAGCCCCCUCUCUCAAAGACUGAGACUCUUCCAUAAACAAAGAAAUGCAACUACAUAAAGGAUGUAAUUAAAAGAAUCACUACUAUAAGUUCAAAAGUAAUUUAAUGAAUGCAUAAUUAUAAAGGGAAAAUAGGAUGUGCUUGCCCCCUUCUGAAUAACAUAAAAUGGAAACAAAGGUAGAAGCUGAGACCUGAUGUGGGAAAAUGUCUGUGUCUUGUGGCUGAAGACAAAACUUUGCUUAUGAGUUCCAUUUUAGGUUUAGAAGGCAUAGAGUAGUAUCAUGUUCACUGAGGUGGAAGAUGCCCCCAGUAUAACUUUCAUUUAUUUAUCAAAUCAAAGGAUUAGUAAUUCAGUCAAGGGAAUGAGUGAUAAAAGAAAACCAGUUGGGAUGCUAAACCAAGCUAGAUGAAAAAGGCAGUUCAAGCUUGUUAAGGUCCAACUUGUGGUUACCAUAGGUUUCAGAUGGAUACAUGAAGGACAGAAGCUGUAGCCAAGAAAAACGCAAGCAUGUU